UGUCUGCCCUUCACUCCCUCAGUCGGCCAUGAGCUGACUUUUGCCCUCGGACCUCGGACAUCCUCCUCUCUCCUCGCUUUCUCUCUCCUGCCUCUGCCUCUCUUGCCCGUUCUUCCAAAGUUCCAUAGUCCCUCCCCCCAAAUUCCCCGACCCGCCGCUACCAAAUCCCUCCAUACCCUGCAAAGAUCAAGUUUUCGGAGGGCUUCCGCCCCCAGAUCGGGGAGGGAUCCCCGUAUCCUCUGGUGGGUCGGUCCCCGCCGUACUUUCUUAUCUUUUUCUUGGGGGAGGUUUCUUGGAUGGGGUGCCUGCCGUGCUUCGGGUCGGGCAGCAAGGGGGAGCCCGCCAAGAAGCCCGCCGCCGGCAGCGGCGGUGCGCGGAAGGACGUUCCGUCGGAUCGCCGCGCCCCCGGGGUCGGAUCAGAUAAAUCAAAACCACAAGGUGUAUUGGACUCUAAGAAUGAUGCAGUCAUCCCAAGGGAGGGAAAUAAUCAACAUAUUGCGGCACACACUUUCGCUUUUCGUGAGCUUGCUAAUGCUACUAAGAACUUCAAACCGGAUUGCCUAUUGGGCGAGGGAGGUUUUGGCCGUGUUUAUAAAGGACGUUUGGACAAUGGACAGGCUGUCGCAGUUAAGCAACUUGAUCGCAAUGGUCUUCAAGGAAACAGAGAAUUUCUGGUUGAGGUCCUUAUGCUCAGUCUAUUGCACCAUGAUAACCUUGUAAACCUAAUUGGAUACUGUGCUGAUGGGGAUCAACGUCUUCUUGUAUAUGAAUUUAUGCCACUUGGAUCACUUGAAGAUCAUUUGCACGAUAUUCCACCUGAAAAGGAACCUCUUGACUGGAAUACGCGGAUGAAGAUUGCUGCUGGUGCUGCCAAGGGGUUAGAGUACUUGCAUGACAAGGCAAGUCCUCCUGUUAUCUACCGAGAUUUUAAGUCGUCAAACAUUCUUCUUUGCGAAGGGUUUCAUCCAAAGCUAUCUGACUUUGGCCUUGCAAAACUUGGCCCUGUCGGUGAUAAGACUCAUGUUUCAACACGUGUUAUGGGGACUUAUGGCUAUUGUGCCCCUGAGUAUGCAAUGACUGGACAGCUUACAGUUAAAUCUGACGUGUAUAGCUUUGGUGUUGUCUUCCUUGAACUGAUUACUGGCCGCAAAGCAAUUGACAACACCAAACCACAUGGAGAGCAAAAUCUAGUGGCAUGGGCUCGUCCUCUGUUCAAAGACCGUAGAAAAUUUCCUAAAAUGGCUGAUCCAUCACUUCAAGGACGCUUUCCUAUGAGGGGUCUGUAUCAGGCUUUAGCUGUUGCUGCGAUGUGUUUGCAAGAGCAAGCUGCAACUCGGCCUUUUAUAGGAGAUGUGGUCACUGCCCUUUCGUAUCUGGCUUCUCAGGCAUAUGAUCCAAAUGCACCUGCUCAACAUAGUCGGAGCAAUGCAUCUACCCCUAGAGCCAGGGACCGUGGUAGUGGGAACAGUGACCAACGGCGUAUCCACUCGCCAAAUCACCAUUCUCCAGAUUUGAGGAGGAAAGAGGCCACGGCAACAUCGAAGUAUGAACCCGAGGUUAGCAGGAAUAGUUCUGGUGGUGGUUCUGGUAGACGGUCGGGCUUGGAUGACCGGGAUGUGACAGGUUCACAAGCGGGUAGUCCUGCUCAUGCAGGGUCUUCAAGGACCUCUGAGAGGCAGCGUGCUAUUGCAGAGGCCAAGACAUGGGGUGAGAAUUCAAGAGAGAGGAAGUGGCCAAAUGCUCGAGGCAGCUUCGAUAGUACAAAUGAAUAGAACUCUGGAGCGGAAUGUUGAGUCGUCAUUCUAGAACAACGACAAGUUGCUUGCCAGCACCAAAUAGGCGACAGUUUAGGAACAUGGGCUUCAAUCUCGGUUCCAUGUUUAAUGUGAAUAGGGUUUUCCUUCUUCUCUUUCCUGGCCAUCACCACUGCUUCAUAGUUCCUCUUCCACAAAACUUCACCACCACAAUCACCAUCAACACGCCUAUUCCUGGCGUCCGUUCCUCACGAGUGUGAUCAUGCAAAUGUGCCUUUAUCAUCACAGCGAUAAUCAACAUUUGGCCGGAAAGUUAGCAAGCGAAGGAAAAAUAUUCCGAGGAGCACAUGAUCCAAUCAAAUAUGUACUUCUGUUGCUGUUGCAUCAUGGAUAUCAGCGGCCGCACAAUUGUUCCAAGCGUAGAGCUUUGUUGUGAAGUCUGGGUACCGAGGGAUGUGAUGAUUUUUCUUUCACCAAGAGUUUGUAUCGAGGGGUUUUACCUGUGUUUCAUACAUCUGUCACAUUUUUUGUGUUGAGUUGUCAGAACACAUCCGUUGCUUAAUCCCUUCUAGCAAGCUGUUGUGUCCUUUUCA